GCAUUUCAGCGUUUAACCGCCGGCAGGCGAGAUUGUUCUUGUGUUAUUUAUUUAUUUAUUGCCGACUUUUAUUUUUGCUAAGAUGUUGUGCUUGUGCCUUUACGUGCCUAUCCAUAACUCCGACCAGAUUGAAGUGGAGUAUUUUGAGUCGAAUGGAUUACCGUCCGAGCUGAAGUCUCUCAAAUCUCUGAGUGUCCUUCUGCCGUCACAAGAGUUCUCCACAUACCGAAGAUGGAGGAAGAAAAGCCUGAAAACGGCAGAGAAAGAGCACGAUGGCCAGCUGGACUUUGAAGAGUUUGUUCACUACCUCCAAGACCACGAGAAAGACCUGAAGCUUGUCUUUAAGAGCAUGGACAGAAAGAUUGCAGGUCAGGUGAACGCCAAUGACAUUGUGAACUCAUUGCGAGAUCUUGGUGUCCACAUUUCCCUAAAGCAAGCAGAGAGGGUCCUUAAAAGCAUGGACAAAAACGGCACAAUGACUAUUGACUGGAAUGAAUGGAAGAAGUAUCCCACGCUACAGCCUGCCGAAAACAUUCCCGAAAUCAUCCUGUACUGGAAACACUCAACGAUCUUCGAUGUGGGCGAGAGUCUGAUGGUGCCGGAUGAGUUUACAGUGGAGGAGCACCUGACGGGGAUGUGGUGGAGGCAUCUGGUGUCCGGUGGAGGAGCUGGAGCCGUUUCUCGAACCUGCACCGCUCCACUCGACCGCCUCAAAGUGCUCAUGCAGGUUCAUGGUUGUCAGGGGAAAAGCAUGUGUUUAAUGAGUGGGCUCACACAGAUGAUUAAAGAAGGAGGGAUUCGCUCAUUAUGGAGGGGCAACGGCAUCAAUGUCAUCAAAAUCGCACCCGAGACAGCGCUCAAGUUCAUGGCUUAUGAGCAGAUCAAGCGUGUGAUGGGCAGCAGUCAGGAGACGUUGGGCAUCUCUGAACGUUUCGUAGCAGGUUCAUUAGCAGGAGUCAUCGCUCAGAGCACCAUCUACCCCAUGGAGGUUCUCAAAACUCGUCUGGCGUUAAGAAAGACGGGUCAGUAUAAGGGCAUCUCCGACUGUGCCAAACAAAUCCUGAAGGCUGAGGGAAUGUCGGCGUUUUAUAAAGGCUACGUACCCAACAUGCUGGGCAUCAUCCCGUAUGCUGGCAUCGACCUGGCAGUCUAUGAGACGUUGAAGAACACUUGGCUUCAGCGCUACGGUACGGAAAAUGCAGAUCCGGGUGUGUUUGUGCUCUUGGCGUGUGGUACAGUUUCCAGCACAUGUGGCCAGCUGGCGAGUUACCCGCUGGCACUCAUACGGACACGCAUGCAGGCACAAGCUUCAGUUGAAGGCUCCUCCCAGGUGUCAAUGACUGGGCUCUUCAAGCAGAUCAUGAAGACAGAGGGUCCCACAGGCCUCUACCGGGGUCUGACCCCAAACUUCCUGAAGGUCAUCCCUGCGGUCAGCAUCAGCUACGUGGUGUACGAGCACAUCAAGUCCACAUUAGGCGUGCGGUCCAGAUGAGGAGUUAGUGAAUGGACUUAAGGACUAAAUCUCUGGGUUUUAAACCUGGAGGUGUGGAAGAUCUCAUUCUGUGAAUGCGACAGGAGGAAAGACGCUGUUCAUUAACAUCUCAUUAUUUAUUUACUGUUCCAAAUCAUUCAAAUAACCUUCUACAAGUGAAGUCAGGGACCAACUAUUUGUGGAUGUGCGUGCGAGCGCGUCCUUAUGUGC